AUCCUUCAAGAGAUGGGCAGAAACGUCAUUCACCUGUGUCCGGCCAUUUUAAAAGUGAGGCGUGUCCACUGAAUAUUUUACCAAUGGACUUGGUGGCAAUUGGUACCAAAGUUCAAGGAUCCUCAAGAGCACAUUCCUCACAGAGAGACAGAAGAGAGCUCUAGGAGCAGAGUCUGACGGACUGAAAUGACCGGAUAAUAUUUUUUAAUGCAAGGAAAUGCAAAUUGAAUGUUGACUUAAUUGACCAAAUACUUGAAAGGUCUAUCAAAUCUUUGCUCAAAGAGCUGUGGUGGAGAUGGCAGAAAGCAAAACCAGCAUCAGCUCAAAAGGAGGGGCCAAUGUGCUGGCUAAAAGGGUCCAGAAGAAAUUCAGCAGAGCGCAGGAGAAGGUGUUGCAGAAGCUCGGCAAAUCUGAUGAGACCAAAGAUGAGCACUUUGAGCAGUGUGUGAUAAACCUCCAAGACCAGCAGAACGAUGCGUACAGAAUACACAAGGAUCUUAAAGCAUACCUGAACGCUGUCAGAGUAAUGAGGGAUGUUUCAAGUCGACUGUUUCAGUCCCUGUUUGAUGCAUAUGACCCUGAGUGGGAUGGCGCAGAGGAUCUCGGGGUCAUUGUGGAGGGGGAAGAUCUUCUGUGGAGUGACUAUGAGGGUAAACUGAGAGAUCAGGCAUUGCUCACCAUGGAUUCCUACAUGAGCCAGUUUCCAGAUGUCAGGGAACGAGUGGCCAAGAGAGGCCGGAAGCUUGUAGACUAUGACUCCGCCCGACAUCACCUGACAGUGCUGAAGAAUGCAAAAAAGAAAGACGACAUCAAAAUUGGGAAGGCUGACGAUGAGAUGAAGGCAGCCAAGACGACAUUUGAGGACAUAAACAGAGAACUGAAGGAGGAACUGCCUAUUCUAUUUGACAGUCGCAUCGGAUGCUAUGUUACAGCCUUCCAAGCUGUUUCCAACCUUAGAGAUAUCUUCUACAAGGAAAUGACCAAGAACAAUCUGGAUCUACAGACUGUGAUGAAAGAGCUGAGGGAGCAGCAUCCAGAUAAGACCUUCCUUGUGAAGAACUUCAACCGCUCAGGUUCCCUGAAGAGAAGGUCGUUCAGAGACACUUUGUCUCCCAGAUCACUUAAAACCUUUUAUGAUUUACACACGACGUACAGCCCCAGAAGCUCUCUCAGAAGAGAGAACUCAUCCAGUUUCAGGUCUGACAAACCAAAAUAUGAACCAUACAGCCCUACACAGAUCAGUCCAACAAGGCCCAAACCCCAUUACAUCAACGUGCCUCAUCUCAGAGACACAGAAACCACUUCCAUACACUAUCCCAAAGAAGAAGAUGUUCCCUCCCAUGAGCACCAGGUGAACGACACCACUGAGGAUGAACCAGUGGAGGAUGAGAAGAAAGAGAACGAGUCCUCAACAGCCACAAAUCAAGAUAGACCGGAAGACAGCCUUGUGUCUCAAGAUGACUCAUCAUCUUCUGAGAAUGAGAGUGAACUUCAAGCAAACUCAAGUCCUACUAAAGGCACAGAGAUCAAAACCACAGCUGCCUCAGAUGUAUGUGAGGAGCAUAAGAAGAUGGAGGAGCCUUCUGGGAUGGAGAACGGAAUAGCUCCUGACAAACAUUCAGAUGUGGAACAAAUCGAGACUUCACAAACAGUGAGUUCAGAGGAGAGUGACCAUUCAUCAGGAAAGGGGAAGGAGAACUAACGCCUAUAGAUACAAGACAAGGGAACAUACGUUGGGUUUAUUGCCAUCUCUCAGAGACCUGCGAUCUUCCAGCAAACAGAGAAUUUCCAAAUGUUGUGCACACUUUGAUUUCUUAAAUCUUUCUUUCCGUCACUCCUGAUGUAUUCGUAGAAGAAUUAUGAUUAAAUAAAUCUUAUUCAACAUUCAGUUUAUCUGAGAAAAAUGAUAAUUUCUUUAAACUUCACUUGAUCUUAGCCCUCACAUAUGGUGGUCUUCCUUGUGUCUGGAUGUUUUUAAUAUAGGCUACACAGCCAUUUAUGUUCAAAUAAUAAUUGUCGCUCGAAUGGAAACACUUGUGAUGUAUUUGACAUUCAACAAUCAAUAAAUAACUUUUAAUAGCAGCUGCCUGCUCAGGCGGUAUUGUUUUGUCUGGUGUGGUUGUUGGUUAAUAUGAGUCAUUUCGUGGAAUGCGACCAUUGUUUGAUCCCGAGUGAGCGCGCAGGAGCCGGGAGGAAACGCUCAUGAACGCGCUCACUCUUCAGCGUGCGGCGCGCGGUUGCUUCACGCUGUCUCGCGUGCGUCAGAUUUCAGCUCGAGCGCUUUCGACAUUUUAUGAUCCUUUGUGAGUUUAAGGAAGAAGGAUCGACGUCGGUUUGAUCCGAGACUCGUUUAUACGCCACUUCAAGACUUCGGGAGGUCUGUCCAUAACAUUAUGAAUCUCACAAUGACUACUUUUGGUCCCAGGGCGAUAGACGUUGUACCAACAACUGGAGCUCCACAGCAAACAGACUCUGCUGUCAUAGGAGUGGUGAUCGCUGUUGUCCUGGUGACGCUUGCUGUCUGUGGAUUCCUUCUGUACCGAUACCUGUGCCACAACAAGGGUGUUUAUAGGACUGCAGGUGAGCCUGCUCCAGGAGUUGACCCAGACCAGGUCUACAAUGAUACCGUCACUCCAGGCAAAAAGGAGUACUUCAUCUGACCUGCUCGGAGGUAUCCAGCAAUCAACUAUGGACUAGACCUCUGAAUACAGUCCAUACGGUGUCUCAAGUGCGGAAGGUCGAUAUGUAGUGUGCGCUCGAUGGAAGGAACGCAUUUCAAGGGAUACAGAUGGAGUUAUAUGGAAGGAUAAAGGACUAUUACUGGCUGUAUUAAUGGAAGGAUAUAGAGAAGUGAAAAAUAUCGGUUUAUUUGUAGCAUAAACAAGCUUGCCGUUACAACGAUUUGAUUUUCAUAUGAUAAAGUCACAGAGACAGUCAUUUAUUUUGUGCUGUCAUUUUAAGGCUAAAUAUAAUAAGUAGUCCAAAAAAAUAGUAUAAUCUCAGUUUCAGCAGUAUCCCAGGAAAGUCUGAUGAGAUUCUUCAAUACAGUGAAUCAUUUAUCUGAGCUAUUAUUUAUUAUAACCAUGCAUGAGUUUAGCAAGUGGGAGGCAGUGUACAGAUUUUUUUUAAAGAUGCAUGACUCUAUAGUGCUAAUAAGUGUUCUCCUUUGCCUUUGGUAGCCCCAUUCUUUUCUUUUAAUUUAUUUUAAACCAAACUGUUGUUGGAGAAUCCACUGUUACAGUGCCUUGCAAACCAUUUAAAUGUAUUUGUUUUUGCACACUUUACAACUGACGAUUGUUUUUUGUUACAAAGUCAUGGCGUGACAGUGCCAAAUAUAAAUAAUACCUCUGUCAGGAUUUGUAAAUCAGACAUGUGCUGAUCAAAUUCACGUUUCGUGCAGGGUUUCAAUAUCUUUGUCGUCAUAAAAAUGAAUGUAAUUGUCA